AUGGAGAGGGCAGCAGGCCUCAGCGGAGCUGGCCUCCCGCUGAGGCCCAAAGAGACCCAAGAGAUGAAGCUCAACAUCAAGCUCUUGAAUAUCUUGGUGGAUAAACCUAACGAUCAGUCCUCCAGGUGGUCUUCUGAAAGCAACUAUCCUCCACAGUUUUUAAUCUUGAAGUUGGAGAGGCCGGCCAUCGUUCAGAGCAUCACCUUUGGCAAGUAUGAGAAGACCCACGUCUGCAACCUGAAGAAGUUCAAAGUGUUUGGAGGGAUGAGUGAGGAGAACAUGACAGAGCUUUUAUCCAGUGGCCUUAAGAAUGACUACAACAAGGAGACCUUCACAUUAAAGCAUAAAAUCGACGAGCAGAUGUUUCCCUGCAGAUUUGUGAAAAUAGUGCCUCUAAUGUCGUGGGGGCCCAGUUUUAACUUCAGCAUCUGGUACAUCGAGCUGCACGGCAUUGAGGACCCUGAUGUGGUGCAGCCCUGCCUUAACUGGUACAGCAAGUACAGGGAACAGGAAGCCAUCCGGCUUUGCCUCAAGCACUUCCGGCAGCAUAACUACACCGAGGCCUUCGAGUCGUUGCAGAAGAAGACGCGCAUAGCGCUGGAGCACCCCAUGCUCACCCACCUCCACGACUGCCUGGUGCUGCAGGGAGACUUCGACGCCUGCGAGGAGCUCAUAGAUAAAGCAGUGAGAGACGGUUUGUUUAACCAGUAUAUCAGCCAGCAGGAGUACAAGCCCAGGUGGAGUCAGAUCAUCCCCAAAUGCAACAAAGGUACAAGCAGCCAAGAAAUCAGCCGAGACGACGUGAACAGUGACGGCGAUGACAACAGGCCGGGGAUGAGGGGAGGACAUCAAAUGGUCAUUGACGUCCAGACUGAGACGGUCUACCUGUUCGGGGGCUGGGACGGCACACAGGAUCUGGCAGACUUCUGGGCGUACAGCGUUCAGGAGAACCAGUGGGCCUGCAUCUCCAGAGACACCGAAAAAGAGAACGGCCCCAGCGCGCGCUCCUGCCACAAGAUGUGCAUCGACUCUCAGCGCCGACAGAUCUACACGCUGGGCCGUUACCUGGACUCCAGCGUCAGGAACAGCAAGUCGCUGAAGAGCGACUUCUACCGCUACGACAUCAACGCCAACACCUGGACGCUGCUCAGCGAGGACACGUCGGCAGAUGGAGGGCCCAAGUUGGUGUUCGACCACCAGAUGUGCAUGGACUCGGAGAAACACAUGAUCUACACGUUCGGCGGCCGCAUCCUGACCUGCAACGGCAGCGUGGAGGACAGCCGGACGACGGAGCCGCAGUUCAGCGGCCUGUACGCCUAUCACUGCCAGGCGGGGACGUGGAGCCUCCUACGGGAGGACUCGUGUAACGCGGGGCCGGAGGACGUUCAGUCGCGCAUCGGCCACUGCAUGCUCUUCCACACCAGAAACCGCUGCCUGUACGUGUUUGGGGGUCAAAGGUCGAAGACGUACCUGAAUGAUUUCUUCAGUUACGACGUGGACGGAGAUCAUGUGGAAAUCAUUUCUGAUGGAACCAAGAAGGAUUCUGGGAUGGUUCCAAUGACGGGUUUCACCCAGAGAGCCACCAUCGACCCGGAGCUUAACGAGAUCCAUGUGCUCUCCGGGCUCAGCAAAGACAAGGACAAGAGGGAGGAGAACGUACGCAACUCGUUCUGGAUCUACGACAUAGCCCGGAACAGCUGGUCAUGCGUGUACAAGAACGAUCAGGCGGUGAAGGAAAACCCCAGCAAGACGCUGCAGGAGGAGGAGCCGUGCCCACGCUUCGCACACCAGCUGGUUUACGAUGAGAUGCACAAGGUUCACUACCUGUUUGGUGGAAACCCGGGGAAGUCGUGUUCUCCUAAGAUGCGCCUGGAUGACUUCUGGUCCCUCAAACUGUGUCGGCCCUCCAAGGAGUACCUGCUGCGCCACUGCAGAUACCUGAUCAGGAAAUACAGGUUCGAGGAGAAGGCCCAGUCGGAGCCGCUGAGUGCUCUGAAGUACCUGCAGAACGACCUGUCGCUCACUGUGGACCACACGGACCCCGACGAGACCAAAGAGUUUCAGCUCCUGCCGACUGCUCUCUUCAAGUCCAGCUCGGAUUUCAUCCCUCUAGGUUUCUCUGACGUAGACCAGACGUACGCUCAGCGGACGCAGCUCUUCGACACCCUCGUCAACUUCUUCCCCGACAGCAUGACCCCGCCCAAAGGCAACCUGGUGGACCUCAUCACCCUCUAGCCCCGCCCCCUCGCCCCGAGGACGGCCGAACAGCCGGCGAGCGAGAGCCGACCGGCCGCUCUGCCCGCCUCCGCUUAACCGACCCAUCUCUGCUGCAGACUCCGUCGCCAUGGUGACGAGGGUAUUAAACCACGCUAGAUAGAAAGGAGUGAAAUCCUCUGAAAGCCUCCGGAGCUUUUCUUCAUGUUCUUUGGGUUUGAGGCUCUUCUCUGCUAAAAGGUUCACAUUUUUACAACAAAAAAAAAAAGAUUUUUGCACUUUUUCUGUUUUUGGAAGAACUGGAUCCGCCGCAGGCGUUCGCCGAGGAACCAGAACUGAUCCUCCAACCCUCCGCUCGCCGUGCGCCGGGAACCGCUCCGCUUCCUCUGCUCUAGACGACGCUGAAAAAAGCUCGUUUACAGUUUCAGUAGCUUUAGCCCGAGACAGAAAGUUUGAAAUGUUCGUACCUGAUCUCUGCUCCUGGAUGGAAGUUCUUUAAUUAUUAUAAUUCUAAUCCCUGAUGAACAAACAUGUAAAUAUACUCAGAUUAUUUCCCAUCUUCGGCUGGAAUGUGUCCUCAAACACUUUAGCUCCUGAUCCAGACGUUUGCUGUUCAGGAGGAGAAAACUUGGUUUAUGGAGCCGCUUCCUUAAAGUCCGCACAGAUCCAGAUCAGCCAGAUCCGCCAGGUUCAUCAUCGGCUCAUAGAGGAGUUUUCUUUCUCUCUAUAUCCCUUCCUAAAUGCAUUGAAUUUAAGAUCCUCCUCCGUUUUUAUGGAAGCGAUGAAGCAACAGCCUGAGGUCGGUGUUAGAACCUCUGCUGCCUUUAAAGCUGCAGCUCAUUUUAACGUCCAGAUGAAUCCUGAUGGUGACCAAUGAUUGCUCGGCUGAUGGAUUAUUUCCAGGGUAAAGUCAGAAAUGGAGGAAAGCGAAUUGCAGUUUUCUGCAA